AUGAUAAUUGUAGGAGAAUCUGCAGUGUUGGAAAUGGAGAUUCCAAAAGCUAAAGUACUGGUGUACGUAUUGACUUUCUUGGGUUAUGCUUGGAGUGGUUACGGGGCUGGAAUUUUGACUAAUUUGAGAGAUGCUAUCCUUACGGCGGAGCACGUAUUUGGCGAUGUCUUUGAAAACAUCAUUACAAUUGCUAAUAAAUUCAGGGACGUUCAUGAAGUAUUUGAUAAGGCUGUAGAAGAAGAGUGUAUUUUUUCUUGUCCUAACGGUGCAAGGCCAGUCCCUGAUAAAUAUCACAGGCCAUCUAGUGAUGGAUGUGGGUCUUUGGGUUUGAAGAUUGACUCGCAGUAUUUGCCUGUGAGUGAUAUGACUAGAUGUUGUGAUGAGCAUGAUUUCUGUUAUGAUAUGUGCAAUAUGGACAAAGAAAAGUGUGACAUUGACUUCAAGAGGUGUUUAUAUAGAAUAUGUGAGAAAUAUGAACCAGCAGUUGGUGAAACAGUUGUGAAAACAUGUAAAGCUGCUGCAAAAAUGUUAUUUACUGGAACCAUGACAUUGGGCUGCAAGUCGUACAUUGAUGCUCAGACCAAGGCAUGUUAUUGUCCUCCUGUUAAAAGGAAGUUUACGCCGGGAGCAGACCUGUAGAAGCUGUGAUCCUCUUCAGUACAAGUGUGGCAGUAUUAAACCCUGACAGCAUUUGCCUACUGUAAACUGCAAAUGAAUCUCCUGUUAGCUGUGAUUAAUGUAUUUCUUUACUUUAUUUUGUUGGACUUCCAUAUUAUUGUAUUGUUACAAUUUUUAGCUUAACAUUAGAGUUGCCUACUGUUUAUUUAUUUUUUAAAUAUUGAUUUUUGUGAACAUUAAUAUGUUCCAAAAACACGGCAGCUAAAACUAAACAAGUCUGGAUUGUGCCCCUGGAUAAGUUGCGGAACAUAAAUUUGGUUAGUUUUUUAAAUCCUUUCUAUGCCAGUGCUAAGUGUCCCUUCUUUUCAUAAUAAUUCUUUGGGAUAGUUGCUUAGGAAAGUUUAGAACAUAAACUUUGCAUUUUUAAUUCACUUUUUCCCUACAUGAGAGAUGAAAGCAUUUUGUAAAAAGUUUUAGUUCUAGGUGAGGGAUUGUUCAGUAUAUACUUUUACUGUAGGUGGUUGAGAAUAUGGAAUGUUCCCACUGGGGAUGAAACUGUGAUAAAUGUUGUCUGUUAGCCAGGUAUUUCUGAUUUAUUUAGCUUGAUUCAUAAGUGCAGCUGCAGUAAAUGGCAGUCUAUUUACAAGGAUGUUGGAUGGAAAAUAACGGUUUUUCUGAAAGUACUAAUUGAGUACAUUAAAAUACCAAUUAGAUUUGGAAUUUGUAUUUUUUAAAUGGACAUUAUUCAAGUAUGAUUAUUGUUUUUAACAAAUGAUUGCUCUUUUUUUGGAUCUUCAUAAGUAAAAUUAGUGAAGUAAAUUUAUUGUACUUAUGGAAAAGCAUUCAAGAGUAUAUGCUUGGAAAAGUUUUUGACUCCAUAUAAAUGAAUUUGUUUUUAAUAUAAAUGAACACCUACAUUUUUUAGACAAUAAUUCUAAAUAAAUGUGAUAUGAAGAAACAGAAUAUGUGUGAAGAGGAAAAUAGAAAUUUGUGUAGCGUUCUUUAUAGCUAACAAAAACUGAAUUUUGUAUUAAAAUAUUUUUCACAAAAUACAAAGUUCAUCCAUGACAAAUUUACUUAACAUUAAUAAAAUUAUUUUUUAGUGGAAAAUGUGAACUUAUAUUUAUAUUGAAUCACUGUUGAUUGUUUUUUUUUAAUGCCUUUUCUGAACUUGAUAGAAGAGUUCCAUGUAAUUAGGUCCCCCCCCCCCCACAAAAAAACGGGAAUAAAAGAAAAGUUGUUUAAAGCCAACAAUGCAUCGUAGUGUGCAAAAACAUUACAUGUAAGACAAGCCUUGCCAAGGAGUGGUAUUUAAAGCAUCAUGGUCAAGGAAAUGACCAGAGCUUUGCUGAGACAUUUUCCCAUAAUCCCUCUCAUCUCUGCAAGUGACCAACCUCCAAUGCUUGAUUAGGUACUAAUGGGUGUUCAUGGGUGUGUUGUUAGGGAGGUCAAACCCCCCUUUCCCAAAUUUCCUGAACAUAUUAAGAGGAAAUAGUUUGUUGUGGACCAGAGGUAGCAUGAUAUUUCCUAAGCUCCCCCCCCCCCCUCCUCUGCCGAUAAAAAUUAUAAUAAGCCCAUGACUGGACCUCAUAUUUGCUACACAACUUGAUGAGGAUCCCAUACAAAUGUCUCAGUUUGAUAAUCACAACUGCAAUCAGCACAGUGUAAUUGCCAGGAAACAAACACAAUGGACGUUCUAGUUGCCAAAUCUUCCAUUAUCGUCAAUCAUUCAUGAAGUAGGAAUAAUGAAAAGCAAAGAAGCAAUGGAAAUGUAAUCUGGAAGGCAUUGCAAAUAAAGUAGAAACCUUUAUUCAUAUUUUAUCUUUGUUUCUAAUUCUUUAGUUAUGUUCUUAGUCUCACAUCAGUAUUGGACAUAAAAUAAUUGGAUGUAGAUUACAAUUGCAGAUACCCCAAUUGAGACAAAAGAUAAGAGACUCCUUUCCUUGGACCUAUAAUCCUUGACCUACCUUCUCAUUUUUUAGUCCUACUGACUGUGAAUGGGGAGAAGGAUUUAUUGUUAAAACUACCAUUGAGAGGUAUGCUGAGAGUUGAAAAAAAAUAACCCUAACGAAUGUAACAUUUUGCUGGAGAAACUUAUCAUAUCUUCUGCUAUUGUUUAAAUUGUGCCCUUAAGUACAAAGAAGUCAAAAUUUUAAAUAUAAUUUUGAGUAAAGUAUCUAGUAGAUUUCUUAUCUGCAAAUAUUUUGAAUUCAACAAUUUUGAAACUAAAUAUAUGGAUUGUUGAUCUUGCCCAGUGGUUCUAGGGAAAUUUCUAUAAUGGCUAUAAAUUGAAAUUCUCAUCUCUUUUAUCCACAAGAACUUGCUUUUAGCUGUUCUGCUUCUGGUUUACAGUUGAAUGUUGUCAAAGGUGUGUGAAAUUUUGAUUUGAUCUCCUUUUGUUCCCAUUUAGUGAAUUAAUUUCAUGUUAGAGGUUUUGUUAUAAUUGGUAUGAUAAAACUACUUGGUUUAAAAAUUGGUUGAAAUAGGUUGUUAAAAUAUUAAAACAUCACCUGAACUUGAGAGAUGGAAGAAUGAAAACAAAAAGAAACUUGUCUCCACAUUAUUGAAUUUUUAAUGUAUUGUAUACAAUAUUUCCUGAGACUUUGUUAAUGAGUAAAUUAGACUUGUCAUGUUGCAGUAUGUAAGUGAAAUGUCAAAUUAAAAAUGUUCAAAAUCAUGUUUAAAUACUUAAGUGUUUAUUCAGUUUAUUUUGGAUAGCCUGUGUCAACUUUUUACUAUUAACAUUGAUUCAAGUUGUGUGCAGGCAGCUGAUACUUGGUGAGAAAAUGAUUUCACAUUACCCUAUUCAUUUCAUUCUUAAAAAGUAGAUACAAAUAAACAGCUGUAUUAUGGCUGUGAUAUUCAAUUGGUGAAAGUUUAGUGUGAUACUAAAAAUAAUUGAAGGAAAUGCUAGUCAUUGUGAAGUAUUGUCUUGAUUAUAUGUUUGAGUCUGUAGAAUUUGAAAAUCUGGUCUGUGGCUAUUAAAGAUUAUUUUACCAUUGUAAAGAGAAUUGGUUUGUUACCCCACAUUUGACAUUCCUAAUAGAUAAAUAUCUUGAUUGUAAAACUCACAGAACUUCAAGAUAAAAAUAU